GUUGUGGCUGCUUUUUCAAUAAGCUGGAAGGAUCAAAGUAUGACAUGGAACCCAGCGAAUUACGGAGGUGCGUCUCAAAUGAUGACUUCAUAUGGUGACGUAUGGGUGCCAGAACUUAUCCUGACGUCGCCGUCAGACGACGUCGAGAGCCUUGGGGCGGCAUGGAAUCGCAUAAGGUAUUAUGCCGAUGGAACCGCUAGUUGGAUCCCGGUAGCAUUAGUAAAGUCCAAGUGCACUGUCGACGUCGAAAUCUACCCCUUUGAUACACAGACGUGCACGCUCUCAUAUAAUGCAAUGGGGUACGAGCUUGGUGAAGUAUUCAUACUACCAGCUACGGAAGAAGUUGACAUAACGUUAUUUUCAGAGCACCCUAUGUGGGACCUGGUCGACACCGCAGCGAAGUCCGAACCGUUUGCGUAUAGUUGGCAAGUGAGUUUUAGUUUCAAACUCAAAAGAAGACCGGCAUAUGUCUUAGUGAAUGUAGUAUUACCUAUUUUGUUCCUGAGCGUCUUGAAUCUGUUGGUGUUCCUUUUGGUGCCGGAGUCCGGAGAGCGGGUUUCAUACUGUAUUACCGUUCUCCUUUCUAUCGUGGUCUUCAUGACCAUAGUCAGCGCUAUGUUACCCAGGACCUCGAAACCCGUUCCGAUCGUUUCAUACAAACUAAUCGUAGAUAUGGUUAUUAGUGCGGCGAUUACCGUUGUGACCAUUCUUAACCUUCGUAUCUACAGCAAGGAUCCGGAAAUUCCCGUUCCGAAAUGGCUUAUUGGUAUUUAUCGGUUUUGGGCAUGCGCCGUUUGCCGAAAGCAAAAAACAGAACCCAUUAGGAUGAGAAAGUUAUUUAGGAAAACAUCAAAAGCGACCAGAAUACAGACGGUGAAAAAUAGCUCUGAAGCUGCAAAUGAGAAUGAUAUUAAGAGACGACUGUCAGAAUUUCAAUUAAUGGAUGAAGAACAGAUCACGUGGAAGAAAAUAAGCUACAUGGUCGACGGGGUUGCUUUCUGGUUGUUUGGUCUUUCAACACUUUGCAGUUUCGCUGUUUUCCUUGCUAUUGUUACAAGCCGCGGCAAGUAAACAACAACAUAUUGCAGACCUGUGUUAACGUUGUUAUAUAAUACUUAUUUAAUAGACAGCAAAUGCUUGUAUUUUUUCCUCACGGAGUUGCAUGGCAUCGGUAAUUAAUCUGGCAACAUUGUUUAUGACUGUAGUACUUUGAAAAGAGUUUGUUUUUAAAUUGCACUAAAUUUGGCCAGUUUGAGCGAAUACAAUAUUUUCGGAGAUCUUUAUAGAUUGAGCGAAUAAGAAAGAAAUGAUAAUCGGAUUCAACAGCGUUUGCAUUACAUAGAUUACAUAUCUCUUGAUAUCUCAUUUUGUUAUGUACCGGUCUCUAUAU